GAGGCUUUAUAAUGGAAUGUAGCCUUUAGUCUGUUAAACUGUUUGUGGCUGCUGACAAGGUGAAGCAGCACGAGGUAGCUGAUAUUGUGAAACCGGCACCACGUGACGACUCGGCUGAGAACAGUCACAUCAGGUCAUAACAGGCAACGACGCUCGUCGACGUAGUUCUAGUGGAAACGGCGACGACGACCGGCACUUUGACAAAGGGCUGGCCAGCUUUAUUAGACUUUUGUCAGGUCUCGCACGUCCAUCCGCUGUCAGGACGAUGAGGCUCCCCACAGUGUCGCCUUCCCGUGGGCUCGUAACCUUCACUCUGGUGUUAAUGAUGCCGCUCUUUGGGUUCUGUCAUCCAGGACAAGUCUCGCGGCAGUCCGGCCUAGUGUUCAUGCAGCAGUUUGUCCACCAAGGGGUCGGAUUUAACUGGAAAAAUGUCACGUGCCGCCUGUGCCAAACCGUCUUCACCAUCAUUGACAUCGCCCUUAUGAGUGAUGCAAAUGAAGAGCGAUUGGCAUAUGUGGCAGGUGAGGUAUGUAGCCGCCUCCAUCUGGCUGAUGAGCGAGUUUGUCGAGACAUAACAGAACUAUUCAGGGCUGACUUCAUCCAGGCUGUACAGGCGUCUCUGCUGUGGCCCACUGAAGCAUGUGCCCUGUUGGUGGGCCCUUCCUGCGGCAAAUUUGACAUCUAUGCACCCUGGAACAUCACCUUGCCAAAGGUCCCAAAGCCCCCUGUUACACCACCCUCUCCUCCCAAACCUGGCUCCCCACAGAGCAGGGUCCUGUUUCUAACUGACAUCCACUGGGAUCAGGAGUAUGAAGUUGGCAGUGCUGCAGACUGCAAAGACCCUCUGUGUUGUCGUAAAGGCUCGGGCACUCCCAGUUGGAGGCGCAGGGAGGCAGGGUACUGGGGAACCUAUAGCAAGUGUGACCUCCCUCUACGGACGGUGGAGAGCCUCCUGAAAAACGUUGACAGAGACCGACCCUGGGACUGGGUCUACUGGACUGGAGACAUACCAGCGCACAAUGUUUGGUCUCAGACCAGGAAACAACAGCUGUCAGGGCUUAUAAACAUCUCCAGGCUUGUGCACGAACACCUGGGACCUAAUGUGAAAGUUUACCCUGCUGUUGGGAACCAUGAGAGUGUGCCAGUGAACCUCUUCCCACCGCCCUUUGUUCAUGGCAACAGAUCCUCUGGCUGGCUCUACGAUACAAUGGCAGAGGAAUGGGCAGCAUGGUUACCAGAGCAAGCUUUGAAGACUCUGAGAUAUGGUGGAUUCUACACAGCGGAGGUUCAGCCUGGUCUGCGGGUGGUCUCUCUCAACAUGAACUUUUGUACUCCAGGAAACUUCUGGCUGAUGGUGAACUCUACUGAUCCUGCUAACCAGCUGCAGUGGCUGGUUCAUAUUCUCCAGGCCAGUGAGGACAAGGGGGAGAAGGUACAUAUCAUUGGUCAUAUCCCACCUGGCUUGUGUCUUGACAGCUGGAGCCGGAACUACUAUCACAUUGUCAACAGAUAUGAAAGCACAGUUGCUGGGCAGUUUUUUGGUCAUACACAUCUAGAUGAGUUCCAGCUGUUUUAUGAUGAGGAGACCAUGAGUCGCCCGUUGGGAGUGGCAUUCAUUGCUCCCAGUGCCACUACUUUUGUUAAUCUUAAUCCAGGAUAUCGCGUUUACUAUAUCGAUGGGAAUUAUCAAGGCAGCUCUCGGUUGGUGCUUGACCAUGAAACCUACAUCCUUAAUCUCACAGAAGCAAACCACAGUCCAGGGUUGUCCUUCAGCCCAAAUCCAAACCCCAAAUGGACACUGCUUUACCGUGCCACUGAGGCCUACAAUCUCUCUACUGUAUUUCCUUCUGACAUUAAUGGGCUGAUACGGACCUUUAUCAAUGAUGACAGAGUGUUCCAGAAGUUCUGGUACUUGAGAUAUAAAGGACAUGUGUCAGAGCCCUGCCAGGAGACCUGCAAGACUACAAUGCUCUGCUUUCUGCGAAGCGGACGGUACGAUGAGCUGGAGCGGUGUGACCACCUCAAUGGAUUUGAAGGCAACUUGGUCCGGGCUGCCAGAAAAACUCUUUGUUGACAUGAGGACGUUUGGCCUGAAUGACAGACUGGGAUAAAAAGCAAUAUGACUAAAUAAUGAAAUGAAUCCAAAAAAGGUAAUUUGCUGAUGGAUCAAUAGAGAUUGUUGUGUUUGUUUGAUAACAAAGUCAAUUAAUUCGGUGCUUGUUACUCUGCAAUUUGUGCAGGCUGUAGAUUUUGUAAACCUGAUAGUGAAAGCAAGCAGUCCUUAAUUUGGCAACAGGCCUUUGAUUUGUCUGGUGUGGUUUAGCAGGCUUUUCUCUUCAGUGCCCUUCUAUGCAUUGCAAGUAAUUAGCUAAGCGUUGUCAUGACUGUGGCAGCCUUCUGUAGUGGGGGCCUCGUACCAGGGAAAACAGUGUUAAACAUGACAUUCACCUUUUGAACAACCUUCAAUGCUAUUAUACAGGGUUAUUCAAAAAGAAUGAACCGAUUUCAUUACGUAUUGUAAUGAAAUCGGUUCAUUCUUUUUGAAUAACCCUGCAUUACAGAACCACUUGCAUUUACUACAUUUUUGAAAAUGGCCUUGAAGAUUAUCAGGAGGAUGGACAAAUCUGAAGUGUACAUCAGACUUUUUUCAUCACAAGCAUUGAAAUUUGAUAUCAUAUGUACUUAACAUGAGGUUUUCUGAAAGCUGCAAGUUGUAAAGCCGUUCACCAGACCACUUUAUUGAAUCCGUUGGAUUGAUGGACCUCAGUUAUUAUUUAUCAGGUUUGGAUCUUAACUCAGUUUUGACAGUUCUUUUCCAGCACCACUGUGGGGAUUUAGGUCAGCUUGUAAAGCAACUAUCUUAAAACAUAGCACUGUGUGCCUCAGCAAGAAAACCUAAAUGAGGAUUUGUAUUUUCCGAUGAGUGUUACUUCUGCCUGCACUUUAAUUCUUUUUUUGGUUCGUUAACCUCUAGGUUUAAUGGACAAGCUUGGAAAGGUUCUCAGAUCUUAAUCUAUGCAACAUGACCAUGACAUGAAUUGUAAUUUGUCAAAAUGAACAUGAAAGAUUGUAAAAUCUUGCCUACUUGUUUUGUUUGCUGUGGGGGUGGGGGGGUGAAUACAAACUAAAAAGUCAUUUAUUUUGUGGCUAUACACUUCUCAAAAGUAAUUCAUAGUGUAAUUAACAGUUUAUCCACUGGGUUAUAGCAUAAACCAACAUUUAUAUUAACAGAUGAACAAUAAUCCCUUUAGUGUCAAGAUUAGGCUCCUCCUUCAAAACAUAACCAAAUAUUUACACACUUACAGCUCCUGAUGCUGCCAAAAAUCAAACAAAACUCAAGGCAGAACUGUGUGACAUCUGCUCUAUGAUUAAUCUUUGUAUUUUAAGGGAAGGGGGAUACAAUUUAAGGGGUCAGUUAAAUUUAAAAAUUCAUGCUAUACGUGCAUGCCCCCACGAC